AUGAGUCAACCCAGUUUACUAGACCGACUUUGGGCUCUAGAUACUAAUACGGUAUCUGAUGCCUUGGAUUUCCUUAACCUCAAAGGAGCCACGUUUGGAUUACAACCACUAUGGGACUGCCCCAAGAUCGUAGGACGCGCCAGUACAGUGAAAGUUGGCCCAAAGACGGAGUCAGCUCCCACGGCCCACCUCAUUGCACCGGUAAUAGAUGCGGUUACUUCAGAUGAUCGAAUUCUUGUCAUUUCUGGUGGCAUGGAUGGUAUUUCCUGCUGGGGCGAUAUCAUUGCCAAUGCCUCAAAAAUGAAGCGCAUUCGUGGAACCAUCAUCGAUGGCAGGAGCCGUGAUAUAGAUGGAAGCCGUGAAAUUGGAUUUCCAGUUUACGGCCGAGGCAUCACCAUGAUUAUCGCACGCAAUCGAUUGGUACAAAUUGAGUCGGGCAAAGCUCUGCAGAUGCGAGGCGUUACGGUCCAUCAAGACGACUAUAUGAUCGCCGACAGGUGUGGCACUGUGUUCAUACCGGCAAAACACAUCGAAGAGGUCCUGGAUUUUGGCGAGAAGAUUAACCGUCGCCAGAGCCUCAUGGUCCAAGCUGUUCGUGCAGGCCAGCCUGUGUCAGAAGUGAUGCACGACAAGCAAUUCGAUAAUAUCAGCGACAUGGAUGCCGCAAGCGUGCCGCCAGAGGUAGUGAAAAUACCCUGUCCGCAGAAUCCCAAGAAAGCCAGUGUCGAAGAUCAAGAACUGGUAACGCUAUUUAAGGACUUGGAUACUCCCGCAGUGUCUGACGCCCCUGAUAGACUUGAAAUUCCCGGGCAGGCUCUCAAUAUUAUGCCUUUGGUGAAUUAUAAGAAGGUAACAGUCGGCCCUGCUUUUACUGUACGUUACGUACCUGCAAGCGAUCCGCCUGGGAGUUUUGGGAACUUCAUUGAUGACGCUGCCAUCGGUGAUGUUGUAGUCAUCGACAACGGCGGACGCACCGAUUGUGCCGUUUGGGGCGAUAUCAUGACACAGUAUGCUAGUUUACGGGGCAUUGCUGGGUCUGUCAUUGACGGUGUGUGCCGUGAUGUUAACCGUGCCAUCACCGGGACUGGCAAAGAUCGGGUUCAAAUAGGAAGCAUCAACGAGCCAAUCAGGAUUGGCAAAGUACAUGUUCAACCUCGGGACAUUGUUGUUGCUGAUACAAAUGGAGUGGUUAUUGUUCCGCGAGAUUGUGCCCGUGAGGUGGCUGAGACUGCGCAGAGAAUCGAGAAGAGUGAAGCCAGUAUCCGAGAACUGAUUGCCGGUGGACUCACAACUGCAGUAGCAAGAGAAAAGCUGGGCUAUCAUACUUCGCAAAGGUAG